AAUGAAGGGUCUUAUCUAUAUUCUUCUAUACUUUGUUAUACAUUACCUCCUAAAAACUAUCCAAUUCCUGAUAACUAUUCUGUAAAAACUACCUGGGGGCGUGAAAAAAGUCAACAAACAAUUCAAUUUGAAGAAUUUCGAGAUAAACAUACAGUGCCAGUUAAACCUGCUAAGCAAUAUUCGCAACAAGAUUCUGUUAAGUUAAAAUCAUUUGAAUAUUCUGUCAAUAACCAAAAUUAUUUUUUCAAUUUUAAGGACGAUUCUGAACAAAAAAGAGCUGAAAUUUUAAAUAUG